CAUGAGCAUGACUGUUAGUCUCAGACCCACACCACUUGUUUUUGGCUACGAAUGAACAACCACAUAUUGGUCGCAUUUCACUCCAAAAACUCCCAGAGAGCUUCUGGAUAUCAGCUUAUUUGUUGAUCUCUGUAGCAAAUAUGUUGUGGAUUGUUCUGCUGCAGCUCAUCUACAGCUUUAAGGGGUUUUCUGGAGCUGAACAUGAGACACUGUGCACCUCCAAUGCCUGCUUCACCCUACAUAUGGACGGGGUGGUCUUUGAGAAGGCUGUUCAGAACUGUGACCACAAUGGAGGUUAUCUGAUGACAGUCAGAGACAGAGAAGAAGAGGAUGUGCUGCGCUCGCUUCUCUCACAGAUCGAAAGACCACAUCAGGACAGGGCCCUUACGUUUUGGAUUGGAUUAAAACUGCACACAAGGGACUGUAUGUUGGCUGACAAGAUUCUCAGGGGGUUUAAGUGGGUGUCUGGGGACAAAGAUUCCCACUACUCCAACUGGGAAAAAGAACCUGUCACCACAUGCACUGAGGAGAGAUGCGUAAUGAUUAAUUACACUCAAUCAGGACAGAACCAACUCAAAUGGACAGCUGGACCUUGUAAAAGCCCUGCUUUUUAUGCAUGUAAGUUUUAUUUUAAGGGUAUGUGCAAACCUAUGGCUUUAUCAGGACCUGGACAAAUAACCUACAAAGCGCCCUUCUCAGAAAACUCACAAAGAAGUGAAAUGCAAUUAUUUCCGCUCGGAACGUAUGCUGUUAUUUUAUGUAGCGACCAACAGUCUUCAUACUCUCUGUGCAUGGGGGUGGACGACAUCUAUCGUUGGACUGUCCCUGGUCCAUUUUGCAAAAGAGGAAAGCAAAAUUGCGCCAUUAACAAUGGCGGAUGUGAACAUUUGUGCCACCAGGAUGCAGAUGAGAUUAGAUGCUUUUGCAAAGAAGGUUACGACCUGAAUGAGGAUGGAUUCACUUGCAGGAUAAAAGAUGCGUGCAGUGUUGGCACCUGUGAGCAUCAGUGCGUAAUAGGGGAGUCCGGGUAUUCCUGCAAAUGUCCAGAGGGGUUCAGACUAGAUGCAAACCAGCGCAACUGUUCUGACAUAGAUGAGUGCCAGACACAAGCUUGUGAGCAUCAUGUGUGCGUAAAUACGCACGGUAGCUACACGUGUACAUGUCAAAGCGGCUACGAAAUGGUUGACGGUAAAUGCGGUGAUACAGAUGAGUGCGUGCAAGCAAGAUGCGAGCACAGCUGCAAGAACAGCAUCGGCUCUUUCUCCUGUUACUGCAGUGAAGGCUUCUCUUUAUCUAAAGAUGGUCACACGUGUGACGACAUUGAUGAAUGCAACAGUAGUCGCUGUCAGUUCAAAUGCCUCAAUACUGUCGGCAGCUUCAGGUGCACCUGCUCGCAAGGCUUCCACCUGGAGACCGAUGGAUGGACCUGCGCUCCAGAUGUGACAGAAACGUCAGCAGCUUCAUCAAAUGGCCCUGCUGAGGAGGAAACACAAGAAAACUUCACAGAGUCUUUAACCAGAACCACAGUCGAGCUCCAACACCAAUCCCCUCGCACUGACUCACCACUUCCAGAGCUGGUGAACCUUGUGUACGACGAUCAGCAGAGCAACACAUCCUUAGGUAGGACAGGUUUUGCCAAGACAUUUAAUUCCAAAGUGAUUGUCUGCGUCCUCGGUUCAGUCAUUCCUCUGCUGCUUUUGGUCGCAGUGACUCUGGCUAUUGCAAUUUUUCGAUGCAGUCGCUCCAAAAAAGAAGCCAAGAAAAAUACCACUACAGAUGGCUACUGUUGGGUGUCCUCUGGUUUGGAUCCACGUUUAGAGAAACUAUAUGAGUCAAUCUUAACUGAUGACCUAUAGCCUGUCUACAUGGAUUACUAUCCUUA